GGAUUAAGAGAUGAAGUAAAAUCUUGGAAAGAAGUUUACUGGAGGUAAGAUUCCCUUUGAUUUUAGACAACGAGCAGGCCCUCCUUUUAGGCGAAGUCUGGCGUGCGUGUCCGAAAAAAUAAGCGUGAACGAUAAAUAUUGUGAUCAGCGCGCUCCGCGGAACAACACCUGCUUUUCGUGCGGCGCGCCAACCAAAUUUAUCCCACGCUAACAUAUUUGUAUUGUUUUCUACACAGAUUAUGGGGUGCAGUGAAUGUCCUCUACUGUCACCGUUGCGGGAAUUAUUUCCAGUGCUCAGAAUUGGGUCACUACAGCUGUCACCCGAUGACUGUAGAUUUUGGAAACUUGGAGUGCGCAGCGACCAAGAUAAUUAGAAUAUAUCCCUACUGUCGGCAACGCGUAUUGCAUUUUGAUCCAUUCCUCGAAGGCACUGUAAGUAAAUUACGUCUUAACUGUACAUUACUU